AUGAAUGCAGUCUGCCUGCACGGCAAGACUGCCCUGCCGCGGUCGACCCGCAAAAAUGAGGAGCAGAUAGCCAUGGUGGACCUUUUCCCCAGUCGGACACCGUUCCCUUUUGAUGAGUGCAAGGCCAUGGCAGCUCGUCUGGAGAGGAAUUUGUUGCUCUUGACAUCGAUGAGUGCCGAAGAGGCGGAUGGAAGCGAUAUCUCGGGCGAACCGGGCGACAAUAGAGGUGCAGGCGAGAACAAAACCUCCGAAGUGCCGACCAGCAAUCGAGAUGCUGAUGAGAGUUUUAACUCUGAAGCACCGGCCGACAAUGGAGGUGCUGUUGGGAAUGAUAGCCCCAAAGAGUCAGACGACAAUGGAGACGCCAGCGAAGAUGAGGGCUCUGAGUGGUCCGACGUUGAAGCCACCGAGGCUGGAGACGCCAUGUUGACGCUGGUCAAGCCGUUACCAUGGAUAGAACAAGUGACGACAGUUAUCCAUCUGAAGCAGACCUCUAGUGCACCGAAUGGCGGCCACCAUGAUACUGGUCCAGACGUUCCUAGUAAAGGACUGAGCAAGGACGACAAAGAGAAGGCCGCAGGUUCUAGCACUGAGUUCCAAAGUUCGCCGCAGAAAACCGCAAUACCUAAUGAAAUGGCCGACCGCUCAUCCAUUCGGGUAAUCGGCUUCAAGAGGUCUCUCUGGGACUUGGAGCCUAGAAACUCCCCAAUCUCCAUGAAUUUCAUGAUCAUGCCGCCAGCACACUCGCAGCCUGAAUCAGUGUCCGAAUGGCGCGCGACAUUACCUCGACCAAGAAGCUGGACGGCGGCAUCGAAGGAUCAAAACCUGGAUAUCCAAAGUCGCACUACGUCUAAACCAGUUACGUCCCAACGUAGACGACUUGGGUCCUGCCUACGAGCUGUAACACAGCCUACUAUGAUUGAUGGUGGUAGUAGUGACGGAGCGUAA